AUACUGUUGGUAACAGUGUCUAACAAAAGUUUAAAUUUGUGUUGCAUCUGAUCGGUAUCAGAAACUUACAUAUAAUUAAAAAAUUAUGUUUUUGUGCCGACUGUGUUAAUGAUACUAUUGUGAUAAAGAUAAUGGAUGAUAUACUGUCUUUUAAAGAGAAGCAUAUAAAAGUUUCGAAUUCACAAAUUAAUGAUCUGUUGCAAAAGCAAGUUAAACUAAUUGAUGAUGUCAAAUAUAAACAAGAUCAUCAGUGCAAUGAAAAUGAGGCAAAGAUUCAAGAGCUAAUAUUAAAAGUAGCUUCAAUGAAGGAAGAUCUUCGACAUGAGAAACAAGCAUUGGAAUACAAGAAUCAUGAUUUAUCCAAACAUUUAGGCUAUAUAGUAGAAUUAAUGGCAGAAAAGAAGAAAUUUUUAGAAGAAAAUCAAUCAUUGGAAUUAGAAAGAAAUAAAUUAAAAAAUUGUAAGCGGAAUAUAAGGGAUCAAGAAUUAUUGAAUCUUGGCAGGAGAAAGUUUUCAUUGUACAGAAAAUUAACUAGAAUACGGUGGGAUUAUGAGAAGCUUGAACAAUUUGUUAUAGGUUAUGUGACAGAUAAAAAAAAAUACGUUCAUCAUUUUUGCUAUAAAAAUGAAAAUAUGACAGAUAUACAUAAUCUUCUGUGGCAAGAAAUAUACCAGUCGACAAUUGAAACAGAAAAUAAAGAAAACAAGGAAGAAAAUAUGAUAUAAAUAAGUGUAAUAUGUAUAUUUAACAUUA